AUGUUCCAUACCUUCUUAAAGGCCCUAAAGCCCAGCACAGUUGGAACGGGUCCCCAGGGUCCCAAGGGUGACAAGGGAGAUCAAGGUGAUCAGGGCCCUCGGAUGGUGUUUCCUAAGAUCAAUCAUGGCUUUCUCUCUGCUGAUCAGCAGCUCAUUAAGCGCCGUCUGAUUAAGGGUGAUCAAGGACAAGCAGGGCCCCCAGGCCCACCAGGUCCUCCGGGUCCUCCUGGCCCCAGAGGACCUCCAGGGGACACAGGAAAAGAUGGCCCUAGAGGAUUAUCUGGGGUACCUGGGGAGACAGGAAAACCAGGGGAACAAGGCUUGAUGGGUCCAGAGGGGCCUCCUGGACAAAAGGGUUCCAUGGGUUUACCUGGUAUCCCAGGAGUUGAUGGGCAAAAGGGAGAACAGGGCGAAGUUGGUCCACCUGGAUUAGAUGGAGAGUCCGGAAUAAAGGGUGAUCAAGGAGAACACGGAGAAAAGGGUGAUUCUGGUGAAAGUGGUCCUAAAGGUGAUAACGGAGAAAAGGGUGAUCCAGGAUCUUCAGCUGCUGGUAUUAAGGGUGAACCUGGGGAAUCGGGCAGGCCUGGACUGAAGGGGGAACCAGGUCUUCCCGGACUUCCUGGACUUCCGGGCAUUAAGGGAGAACCAGGAUUUUUGGGACCACAAGGAGAACCAGGUCUUCCAGGGCUACCAGGAACCAAGGGAGAACGAGGAGAAUUAGGACCUCCUGGAAGGGGAGAAAGAGGUAGUCCUGGAUUAACUGGUCCAAAGGGGGAACCAGGUGAAUCUGGAGCUAGAGGCUCUAAAGGGUCAAAGGGAGAUUCCGGUGACAAAGGAGAUUCUGGUCCCAUUGGUCCUAGAGGACCUCCCGGACAUAAGGGGGACCAAGGAGCAACUGAGAUCAUAGACUACAAUGGAAAUAUACAGGAAGCUUUGCAGAGGAUUACAGCCAUAACUGUAACGGGACCCCCAGGACCACCUGGGCCAUCUGGUUUACCUGGACCAAAGGGUGAGACAGGUCCUGUUGGUCCACCAGGAGUUGAUGGAGAGCAGGGUCCCAAAGGGUCAAAGGGUGACCAUGGUGAAGCUGGUAUACCUGGAGAAAAAGGAGGAAUUGGUCUUCCUGGGUUGCCUGGUGCAAACGGUAUGAAAGGAGAGAAAGGAGAUCAUGGUUCACCUGGACCCCAUGGAGCAUCUAUUAUUGGCCCCCCAGGACCACCUGGACCCCACGGUCCUCCCGGCCCAAUGGGACCACACGGACUGACUGGGCCAAAGGGUGAACCAGGGUUAAAUGGUCUUAAAGGAUUGAGGGGUGAGCCAGGUCAAAAGGGUGACAGAGGACCCCUGGGUCUUCCAGGAGCGUCUGGCUUAGAUGGAAAGCCAGGACCCAGGGGCACAGACGGCCCACCUGGUCCACAUGGGCCAGCAGGUCCCAAAGGAGAUAGAGGGGAAAAAGGGUCUGUUGGUGACCCAGGACCAAGAGGACCCUAUGGUUUACCUGGGAAAGAUGGAGAACCUGGUCUAGACGGCUUUCCUGGUCCUCGAGGAGAGAAAGGUGACCCCGGAGAAAGGGGAGAAAAGGGGGAAAAGGGAAAGAAAGGCAAAAAAGGGCCUAAAGGGGAGAAAGGAGAACAGGGUGCUCCUGGAUUAGAUGCACCUUGCCCGUUGGGACCUGAUGGACUUCCAAUGCCUGGCUGUUGGCAAAAGUGAUGAACCUAACCAUGCAAGCAUGAAGUUGUAAAUAUUAAUCUCAAGUUUGUAUUUAUAGUUAAAAAAAAAAAAUGAACAAAUUAAUUGAACUGAAAUGUUUACAUAUAUAUGGUCUUCUGCGUGAUCAUGGUGCAUCCGUUAUUCACCUGCACAAGUUAUUUGGCAGCAGUCAUCACUUCAAGUGAUCUCUGCAAAACUAUGGAAUAUCUGCUCAUAAGUUUGAAAUAUCACAAUGUUUAUUGCCAAAUUUGCUUAGCUCACAAACUUUUUACAUCUGGUUCUAAGAUGCCAUACAGGCAAGCAUCAUGCAGCCGUUUACAUAACAAAUGGAGCCAAAACUCAGAAGCUAGUAUUAAAUGUUUUGGGAACUGUUGACCUUUUUUGUGUUUUUGCAAAUCAAUGUCACUGUUUUUUUGCCAUUGUAGCUGCUCAUAUGGACUAAUGAAAUGCAUGAGUUUUGUGAUCAAAUGCUUGCUGUGUGGUUGAGCUUCAAACGCUAUUUGAUUGCUCGUUUUGACUUCUGAACCAGCCUUUUCAAUGCAUUCCAUUAUUUUAUUUUUUUAUUCCAAGGGAGUAACACCAUGGCUUGUGGCCAAAAAGAGAUAAAGGCAGCUGAAAUAACAGAGUGCCAAAAAAUGAAAUUAUUAAAGCUUGGAGACAUAUUACCCAA